AUGUAGGCGCCGUUCGAUUGUUGCUACGAUUGUACCCCGCUUGUGCAGACAUUCGUGAUAACCAAGGCAGAAGCUUCCUGCAUGCUGCAGCCAUCAAGGGCCGCUCUACCAUCAUUUCUUAUGCUACAAAAAACAAAAUGCUGGAGCAUCUUUUGAACAAGCAAGACAGGGAAGGAAAUACACCGCUUCAUCUGGCUGUGGUGGCAAAGGAGCACAAAGUUAUCUCCAAGCUGUUAGCAUCUAAGAAGGUGCAUUCCCACAUUAUGAACAAUGAUGGCAAGACUCCAGCUGACCUCAUAGAGGAUUCAACGGGUUUCUACUCCAUGGUAAGGCUAGUAGUGAAACUCUAUGUUUCUGGAGCACAAUUCAGGCCAGCGAGGCAAGACCAUAUAGAGAAAUGGAAGGGUCAGGAUAUCAUGAAAUGGCGAGAGUCAACAUCAAAAAAUCUCGCGAUUGUCUCCACACUCGUGGCGACAGUCGCCUUCUCAGCGGCAUUCAACGUGCCUGGAUCAUAUGGAUCUGAUGGGAAGGCAAAUCUCAGUGGGGAUCAUUUGUACAAUGCCUUCCUAGUCCUGGACACCAUUGCAGUGACCACUUCCGUGGUUGCAACGAUAUUGUUGAUUUAUGGGAGAGCUUCGCGAUCACACCGUUCAUGGAUAGGAUUCAUGAUCUCAAUGCACUUUCUUUGGCUGGCACUGAACAGCAUGAUGUUAGCCUUCUUUGCGGCUAUUGUCGCUGUGAUGAGCAAGAAGAAUCCUAUGAAGAUUGCAUUGUCUCAGCUGAUCUAUUAUGGGUUGUACAUAUUGAUGACAUUGCUUGCAAGCCUUGCAACACCUGGAUCGCUUGCAGGCGUAAUGCGGUUUCUUGUUGGCGGCUGCUAUGAACAGCAACGACGUGCCAAGAGGCGCAUAAGUCGGCAGUUUCCCUUUGUGAUGUUCUAUGCUUUCAAUGUGGUUGUAUUCAUAGCCGUAAAUACUAUAUCACUUGCAGCAAUUGAUGUUUCUGGUCGUCUAACUUGGUAGAAUGACUUAAUAUGUUGUAGAGCUAUUACCAUAUUUUAAGCAUAGUGUACAAUUGCUUCUGUGUUUCUAAUUAUGACAAA